CGGUGAUAGGACGCGCGCGACGUCGCAUCGACGAUGGAGCACGCUUUGGAAGGCUACCGCCAAUGCUGCUGCUAUUGCCGCCGCUCUUGUUAUCAACGCCGUUACGGUUUUCGAUCGGCGUUAAAAGCCGCGUGUUGAAGGCGUCUGGAAACGUCCGACGCGCCACAUUAUGCUCUGCUUGUAAAAGAAAAUAGUAACUGACCUUAGCGCGCGCGGUUUGCAGUUAGUUGCCGAAAGAGAGAAAGAUAGAGAAGUUCGGGCGAACUAGCUAGAAAUAAAAAAAUAAGAAAAACAAACGAAAGAAGUAUGUUGGUGGUGUUUCAUCUUGCUCUUUUUGGCUCCCUUACAACAGGGUUGACGUCGGCUUUUGAUUCUCAUCUACGUGGACCCGCGUUCGUUAUGGAACCUCCAACACGUUUGGAGUUUUCAAACUCAAGCGGUGGUUGGUUGGACUGUUCAGCUUCGGGGAGUCCCCAACCAUCGAUCGAUUGGCUUUCGGUAGACGGGACGUCCGUUGGAGACGUUUCCGGUAUCCGACGUGUUCUACGAAACGGAACCCUCGUUCUGCUACCAUUCGCUGCUGCAGCCUAUCGUCAAGAUAUCCAUAGCACCGUCUAUCGAUGUGUUGCUUCUAAUAGUGUCGGCAGAAUCAUUAGCAGAGAUGUACAAGUUAGAGCAGUUGUUACUCAACCGUUUAAGAUUGAUGUUGAAGUUUUGGGGGCGGCAAGAGGUUGUACGGCGGUUUUAAAAUGCGUGGUCCCUUCAUUCGUUAAAGACUUGGUACGAAUAAUUUCAUGGGUACAAGAACCAUCACUUUACAUUUACCCAUCUCUACAAGGAGAUGGAAAAUUUCACCAAUUACCCUCAGGAGAACUACUCAUUCACAAUUUGGAAUUCAGCGAUCAAUUUCCGGCCUACAGAUGCAGGACUAUGCACAGACUGAGUCGACAAGUUGUCGUUAGUAACGCGGCCAACGUUCGGAUUACAGAGCACCGAGGAAUUGUUUCACCGGUAGUCGUUGAGAAUUCAGGAACAGUAACAGUUGCCCAGGACGAAGGAGCAGCUUUAAUAUGUAUAUCUCAAGGAUGUCCGACUCCGGAAUACAGAUGGUAUUCACAAAAAAAUGGUGAACAAUCGUUAAUAAUCCCAGGACCUAGAAUACGUCAAUUAGGUCCAGUUUUAGCAAUAGAAGCCGUUACAUCGGAAGACGGAGGAAUCUACCGUUGUAUGUCAUCGAACGCCGGUGGCGAAGCGAGUGCCGAUUUACGUUUGAUGGUUUCAACUCCGCUUCAUGUCGAAAUUACACCGCCUAUGCUCAGUGUCCAUAUGGGCGGAAGCGCCGAAUUUAAAUGUUCAGUUUCCGCCCAAAACGGCGGACCUCAUUUGGUGACUUGGUACAAAGAUGGGCGUCAACUUCCCAGUACUGGACGAGGCACCAGCGAAGCACUCAUCAUAAAUAAUGUUGGAAGGGAAGAUCGUGGAAUGUAUCAAUGCGUUGUUAGAAGAACUGAAGGCGACACUGCUCAAGCUGCUGCCGAAUUACAAUUAGGAGAUGCGCCGCCCGUGUUAAUAUAUAGUUUUAUCGAGCAGACGCUCCAACCGGGACCUGCUGUGUCAUUAAAAUGCAGCGCUACUGGUAAUCCGACCCCGCAGAUAUCCUGGACGUUGGACGGGUUUCCAUUACCGAGCCAUGGAAGAUUCGUUAUUGGUCAAUACGUCACUGUACAUGGAGACGUUAUAAGUCAUGUAAAUAUAAGCCACGUAAUGGUAGAAGAUGGUGGAGAAUAUACUUGUACGGCUGAAAAUCGUGCGGGAAAAACAUCCCAUUCCGCGAGAUUGAAUAUAUACGGAAUGCCCUACAUCCGGUUGAUCCCGAAGGUGACUGCCGUCGCAGGAGAAACGCUUCAACUGAAGUGCCCCGUGGCCGGUUAUCCCAUCGAGGAAAUCCAUUGGGAACGCGGAGGACGCGAAUUACCCGACGGGCUACGGCAGAAGGUUCUACCCGAUGGGACACUCCAGAUCAAUCCGGUUGAGAAGAAGGCUGACACCGGAAUAUAUACCUGCUGGGCACGGAAUAAACAGGGACAUAACGCUAGAAGGAGCGGUGAAGUUAACGUAAUAGUUCCCCCAAAGGUUAGUCCAUUCUACGCUGAGGAUACUCUUCACGUUGGUGAUCGAGCGAGUUUAACCUGUUCUGUGACAAAGGGUGAUCUACCUCUGACCAUAUCCUGGCAUAAGGACGGUCGAAAUGUCGACCCAGCUCAAAUGGUUUCGAUUACUCAAGUGGAUCAAUUUACUAGCAUUCUAUUAAUAGAAAGCUUAUCACCGCAUCACAACGGCAACUAUUCGUGCAUGGUCCGGAAUCAGGCUGCGGAAGUGUCCCAUACGCAGCAGCUAGUGGUCAAUGUUCCCCCUAUUAUUGAGCCCUUUUCCUUCCAAGACGGUCUGUCGGAGGGCAUGCGCACGCGCACCGUGUGCGGCGUGAGUUCCGGCGACCCGCCGCUGGUCGUUUCCUGGCUGAAGGAUGGGCAGCCGUUGACGGCCGCAUUGGGCGCGAAUGUUUCGGCCCUUGACCCUUAUUCUAGCCUGUUGAGCAUUUCUAGCCUUGAUUCGAGACACUCGGGGGAUUUCACGUGCGUGGCCAGUAAUCCGGCCGCGGAGGUUAGGUACACCGCCAAACUUCAGGUCAAAGUUCCUCCGCGAUGGCUUGUUGAACCGGUAGACAUCAGUGUUGAACGAAAUCGUCACGUGGCGCUUCAUUGUCAAGCUCAGGGUGUACCAACACCUACAGUUACUUGGAAAAAAGCAACAGGUAGUAAAUCUGGUGAUUAUGAAGAAGUGCGCGAUCACAUGUACACAAAAGUAUUAGAAAACGGAACAUUACUUCUUCAACAUGUAAAAGAAGAUCGCGAAGGUUUUUAUCUUUGCCAAGCUGAUAAUGGUAUCGGAACCGGGAUUGGUAAAGUAAUUCAGCUUCGGGUAAAUUCGUCACCGUAUUUUUCGGCACCUUCCCGAUUGAUUACGGUGAAAAAAGGUGAUACGGCGACGUUGCGCUGCGAUGUUAACGGCGAUAAACCAAUCAGUGUGAUUUGGUUGAGAGCCGGAAAAACCGAGUUGAAUCCUUCCACGAAUUACCGAGUACACGUAAAACAAGAUGUUACGCCAGACGGAGUCGCCGCUGAGCUUCAAAUUGUUAACGCUGAAGCAGCGGAUAGUGGAGCUUAUUUUUGCCACGCUAGUAAUAUGUAUGGAAAGGAACAACAAUUAGUUAAUCUUUUGGUGCAAGAACCUCCGUUAAGUCCCGAACAUGUUGAAGCAGCGAUGGUUAGUAGUCGAUCAGUUAAUUUAAAGUGGCAGCAUAAAUCUGGGGAUUCAAAUGAAGUUUUUAAAUUUGUUGUUGAAUUUAAAGAAUUAGAACGUCCGUGGCAACAAAUGGAAUUAACUGAUACUCCACUACAAUACGCGGCUUUAAUUGAAAACUUAAAACCGGCUACGAAAUAUGUUUUUCGUGUUUUUGCUGAGGGUCCUGCUGGAAAAAGUACUCCAAGUGAUGAGUUGUUGGUUCGAACUGAACCUCAACGUCCCGCUGGUUCCCCGUUGGAUCUCUCCGUUCGGCCAGCUUCCUCAACUUCGUUAUUAGUUACGUGGAAACCUCCUUUACCGGAUUUAAGACACGGUGAUAUCCAAGGGUUUAACGUUGGAUAUCGCGUCGGAAAUGUUGGAUCGUAUAAUUUUACUUCCGUAUCUGGAGACGGUGAAGAUGGCGGCGAUGAAGUUUUAUUAAACGGAUUAGCGAAGUAUGCUCGAUAUGCCGUCGUGGUACAAGCAUUUAAUGAAGUAGGAGCUGGGCCAUUAACGGAACCGGUUACAGCACAAACAAUGGAAGAUGUGCCAAGUAUGCCUCCAAUGGAUGUUAGAUGUGCGGCCGUGACUUCACAAUCCCUUCAAAUAAGUUGGCAACCACCUCCCUCUGAACAUUGUAAUGGAAUCUUACAAGGUUACAAAUUAACGUACGAACCCGUCAUGGACGAAAAUUGGAAAGGAAACGACGAAUUGGAAACGAGAAAAACCACUGCUCUCACAACGGUUAUUACAGGGUUAAGAAAAUACACCAAUUACAGUUUUCAAGUGCUGGCAUUUACGAAAAUAGGAGAUGGAAUCUUCACUGCCACAACUUACUGCCAAACCGAAGAGGAUGUGCCGGGUGCUCCCGCUGAUAUAAAAGUGGUAGUCAGCUCGCCACAGUCGCUUUUAGUUUCUUGGUUACCACCCCACGAACCCAACGGGCUCAUCACUAAAUACAAUUUAUACAAACGAAGUAUGGAUGGUAGACAGGAAAUAGACCACGCGAAACAACCCAUAUCCAGCCAACACACGAAUUACGAAGCUAAAGGAAUUCAACCGAACGUUGAAUAUCAAUUUUGGGUUACGGCAUCGACCAGAAUCGGCGAAGGACAAAGUUCAAGAGUUGUUACUCAAGUUGCUUCAAAUAGAGUUCCAGCGAGAAUAAUAUCGUUUGGUGGUACGGUGGUACGUCCAUUUCGUGGUUCAAUAGCUUUAUCUUGCAUAGCUGUUGGAUCUCCACGGAGGGAAUGGCAAAGAGGUGAUCAAAUUUUAAAAGGUGGUGCGAAUCAUAACGUACAACUCCUCGAUACCGGCGAAUUAAUUUUAUCCAGCCUCCAACAAACCGAUUCAGGGAAUUAUACAUGUCACGUUGAUAACGGCCAAGGCAGUGAUAAAGUAACGUAUAAUUUAAUCGUUCAAGUUCCGCCUAUGGCGCCACUUUUAUACGCAACAAGCGCAACGAGUAGCAGUAUUUUGCUUCAUUGGAAAGCUGGGAAUAACGGAGGAGCCGCGAUCAGCGGAUACACAUUAAAUUAUCGUAAAGAACACGGAAAUUUGGAUGAAGUUAUGUUAUCUCGGCACGCAGUUAGUUUCGAAUUAAAAGGGUUAUUGUGCGGCACGCAGUAUCAUUUAUAUUUGGUCGCUCAUAAUAAAAUCGGAAGUUCGCCGGCGAGUCAUCCCUUACAAGCGAGAACUCAAGGGCGGCCUCCGGGUGUUCCUAUUGCAUCACAGUUUAUCUCGCCUAAUUCUACCUCGGUCGUUUUGCGGUUACACGUUUGGCCGGAUAACGGAUGUCCUAUUUUGUAUUUUAUCGUGCAGUAUAGAAAGGCGGCCGAAUCUCAAUGGACCUUAGUUUCGAACGCUUUAAAGCCGCAAAGAAGAACAUCGAUCACCGGAUUAAAUCCGGCUACUCAAUAUAUCGUUAAAUUGGAAGCCCAUAAUAUCGCUGGAUAUUCUAUGGAGGAAUUUUCUUUUAUGACAUUAACAAAGGAUGGGGAUGUUCCUCCACCCGAUUUAAUGAAACAAGGCAACGACACCUUACCAUUUUACACCGAUUUUAAAAUAAUCCUACCUCUUGUUGUGGUUGCUGUAAUUUUAUUAAUUUCUGGUGCUACAGUUAUCGCAUGUUGGAGAAAUCGGCAAAACGAAGCCGCCAAAGAACAAUUAGAUAAUCAACAAAACGCGGAAGCUCAAAGGGAACGUUAUUACGCAACGAUUCAUAAAGUUUCUUUACAAUCGGGUGAGAAAAUUCCAGAAACCUCCGAGGAUAUAUCGCCAUACGCGACUUUUCAACUUUCCGAACCGAGUACUUUACCUCAAAACACAAUGCUUCAUAGUUUCAUGUACCAUGAACAUGCCAUGACUGAAGGUUGCGCGUCACCUCCGCCAUCUACAUCCGUACAACGAAACUCACCUUAUUACAAUAUUCAAAAAUUUCAAAGUACCAAAGGGCAUGGACGUCGCAGAGCCAAUCGAAAAGCUGAUGUAGACACCGACGAAAGUGAGUCCGACCCCGAACAAUUAACUUCAAGUAGGACAGAGUCUUCCAAUCAAUUAGAUAUGAAGCAUAAACAUAAUAUCAUAUACCAUGGUCAUUCGAGUACCUCUUCAGAUCUGUCACCAAUGUCCGAACAGAAAUCGUUGCCAAGAAGAGGCCGUUCGAGGUGGCUGCCACAACAACGUGGGAGGACAAUGCUUUCCAAUUUAUCGGUAGCGGAGACUGCGUUUACUGAAGGAGGACCUGGUCAACCACCCCCUGGCGAACAAAGUACCCCUGAUCGACCAGAACUGAGUGAAGCAGAAUGCGAUAUCGAUACGCUCAAGAAGCUCAAACUUGGAUUGCGGUCGUCGCUUUGGUCGCGACCGACCGCUUCCGGUCAACCAUCCGAUUAUUCUAUAGCGGUUUAAAUGUGUUCUUAAUUGUAUAAAAAAAUAAAAAUAAAAUAAAAAGGUUGAAGAAAAGUUAAAAGACUUGAAA